CCUCACCCCCUGCCUCGGAGAGAAAACCCCAGAGCAGCAGGGAACCAGGUUGAGGUGUUCUCCCCUGGCAGUCAGUGCUGAUCACAGUGCAGCACUAGGGGGCACCAUGGUGCAGAAAGUGAGUGCAGUAAGGGGCACCGUGCUGCCUGGUGUUGGGGUGUUCAGUAAGGGGUGUUCUCCCCUGGCAGUCAGUGCUGAUCACAGUGCAGCACUAGGGGGCACCAAGGUGCAGAAAGUGAGUGCAGUAAGGGGAACCGUGCUGCCUGGUGUUGGGGUGUUCAGUAGGGGGUGCUCUCCCCUGGCAGUCAGUGCUGAUCACAGUGCAGCACUAGGGGGCACCAAGGUGCAGAAAGUGAGUGCAGUAAGGGGAACCGUGCUGCCUGGUGUUGGGGUGUUCAGUAGGGGGUGCUCUCCCCUGGCAGUCAGUGCUGAUCGCAGUGCAGCACUAGGGGGCACCAAGGUGCAGAAAGUGAGUGCAGUAAGGGGAACCGUGCUGCCUGGUGUUGGGGUGUUCAGUAGGGGGUGCUCUCCCCUGGCAGUCAGUGCUGAUCGCAGUGCAGCACUAGGGGGCACCAAGGUGCAGAAAGUGAGUGCAGUAAGGGGAACCGUGCUGCCUGGUGUUGGGGUGUUCAGUAGGGGGUGCUCUCCCCUGGCAGUCAGUGCUGAUCGCAGUGCAGCACUAGGGGGCACCAAGGUGCAGAAAGUGAGUGCAGUAAGGGGAACCGUGCUGCCUGGUGUUGGGGUGUUCAGUAGGGGGUGCUCUCCCCUGGCAGUCAGUGCUGAUCGCAGUGCAGCACUAGGGGGCACCAAGGUGCAGAAAGUGAGUGCAGUAAGGGGAACCGUGCUGCCUGGUGUUGGGGUGUUCAGUAGGGGGUGCUCUCCCCUGGCAGUCAGUGCUGAUCGCAGUGCAGCACUAGGGGGCACCAAGGUGCAGAAAGUGAGUGCAGUAAGGGGAACCGUGCUGCCUGGUGUUGGGGUGUUCAGUAGGGGGUGCUCUCCCCUGGCAGUCAGUGCUGAUCGCAGUGCAGCACUAGGGGGCACCAAGGUGCAGAAAGUGAGUGCAGUAAGGGGAACCGUGCUGCCUGGUGUUGGGGUGUUCAGUAGGGGGUGCUCUCCCCGGCAGUCAGUGCUGAUUGCAGUGCGGCACUAGGGGGUGCUGUGCUGCACAGACAGUGCAUGGAGGUGCACCAUGCUGCAUGGCACCGGGAGCCCAGCAGGGGCUUCCAGGAGUCCAGCAGACGGUGCCAUGCUGCGUGGCACCGGAUGGGUGCUGGGGCUUCAUUAUCCCCACGGCAGUGAGUCUGCGUCACCUCCCUUCAUCUCUCCUUGGGGUUUCCAUGGAAACCUUUUAAGCCAACU